CAGCACAUGCAUGAUGGGAUGGGGUGGGGACCAGGAGCAAAGCCAGAUCCAGAGGCCGUGAAGGAACAAGCAGGGGACUGAAGUAACUGAGUGAGAAGGAGAGAGGGGAAGAAGGGAGACAGGCAGAGAGGGAGGGAGGGAGGGAGGAAGGAAAGAAGGCAGGCAGGCAGGCUGGCUAAAUACAUAAAUGGUGAAAUGAGGGAAAGAGCAAAAUUGUUUCCCAACUCUGGAGUGCCUGGCCUAGCCUGGCACAGUGGAGCCCUCAAGACCCACAUGGACACAAGACACAGCCCCGCAGGUGCCCAGUGAUAGCUGGCCUGACACCAGCUGGCUGGGAGUGAAGAGGACCAUGGACACAGAGAGCGUCCAGCCAGGAUGCAAGCCACCCCUGUGCCUGCUCCUACUGGUGCCUCCAGGAAGAAGCGCAUGGAGUCAGUGGCUGACUUGGACUCUGAGUGGCCCAUUGAGAAACGAGCCCGAAAUGGGCCCCAGCCCCAGCCAGUGCCCUGCCUGCAGUCCCUGGGCCCAGCUGCUUCUCCCCAGGCACCUGCUCUGGCCCCCACCUCCCGUGAGCUUGGGCCCUACAUCCUCCUAGAGCCUGAGGAGGGUGGGCGGGCCUACCGGGCCCUGCACCGUCCUACGAGCAGGGAGUAUACCUGCAAGGUGUAUCCUGCCUGUGAAGACUGGGCAGUGCUGGAGCCCUACUCGAGGCUGCCGCCUCACCAGAAUGUGGCUCGACCCAAGGAGGUCCUGUUGGGGCCUGAGCGCCUCUGUGCCUUUUUCCCUCGGACUCACGGGGACUUGCACAGCCUGGUGCGCAGCCGCCGCCGGAUCCCGGAGCCCGAGGCUGCCUUGCUUUUCCGGCAGAUGGCCUCUGCCCUGGCGCACUGCCACCGGCAUGGCCUGGUCCUGCGUGAUCUCAAGCUGUGUCGCUUCGUCUUCACCAACUGUGAGAGGACAAAGCUGGUGCUGGAGAACCUGGAAGACGCCUGUGUCCUGACGGGACCUGAUGACCAGCUGUGGGACAAGCAGGCUUGUCCAGCCUACGUGGGACCUGAGAUCCUCAGCUCGAGGGCAUCCUACUCUGGCAAGGCAGCAGACAUCUGGAGCCUGGGCGUGGCUCUCUUCACCAUGCUGGCUGGCCACUACCCCUUCCAGGACUCAGAGCCCACCCUACUCUUUGGCAAAAUCCGGCGCGGUGCCUUUGAGCUGCCUGCUGGCCUCUCAGCCCCGGCCCGCUGCCUUGUGCGCUGCCUUCUCCGGCGGGAGCCAGCUGAAAGGCUCACGGCCUCAGGUAUCCUGCUGCACCCCUGGCUGCAGGAGGACCCAGUCCCCUUAGCCCUGUCCCGAUCCCAUCUUAGGGACACUGACCAGGUAGUCCCUGAUGGGCUGGGUCUGGAGGAGGCCGAGGGGGAGAAGGGUGGCAGGGAGGUGGGUCUGUAUAGCUAGGCCGCUCUGUUAGAAGCCCAGCCAUGAACCAUGGGCUGAGUUUGUGGUCUCCAUCCUUUCUCCUGCCUUGUUCUAUUGAGCCCAACCUCAGCUGCCUUCUGGAAGGAAAAAGUGUGGGCACA